AAACUUCACCUUGACCUAUCCUGCCUGACAUCCACCUGCAACCAUGACAACCAAAUCCACCAGCAGUGUUUUGGUUGGGAAAGCCUGCUCCUCCCCUCUCUUGUCCUCUCCGCCUCAACAGCGCCUGGUCACUAAAGAUGGACACUGUGCCCUUAGUUCCCCUCGGUGUCCCUCGGGCUCAUGGUGCAGGUUAUCAGGCACAGCCUGGCUGCUGGCUCUGCAGGACUUGUGGGGACUGUUGGUGGGUCUACGGUGGAGAUGGGUCCUGCUGGCCUUCUGCACCUCCUUUCUCACCCACUGGCUGCUGUUUGCCUGUCUGUGGUACCUACUGGCCCACCUCAACGGAGACCUGGCUGUAAAGGAUCAUGAUGCCCCCCCACAGGGGCAUGUAGUUUGUGUAAAACACAUUACUAGCUUCACCGCUGCCUUUUCCUUCUCCCUGGAGACACAACUGACCAUUGGCUAUGGUACCAUGUUCCCCAGUGGGGAUUGUCCCAGUGCCAUUGCAUUGCUGGCUGUUCAGAUGCUGCUGGGACUCAUGUUGGAAGCAUUCAUCACAGGUGCAUUUGUAGCCAAGAUUGCACGUCCACAGAAGCGAGCAGGAGCCAUCCAGUUCAGCCCCCAGGCAGUGGUGGGCCAACACCAGGGUCAAAUGUGCCUCAUGCUACGAGCCACCAAUCUACUGCAGCAACCUCUGGUGGAUGUAAAGGUGAGUGCUGUGCUCUACGAGGAGCAUGAAGGUCAGGCCCUCCACCAGACUUCUCUGGACUUCCUCUUGGAUCAUAUGGGGCAGCAGCCCUGUCCCUUCUUUAUCUUCCCACUAACCUUUUACCACCCCCUGGAUCGCCAGAGCCCCCUUUACCCCACACUGUGUGAGGGCACAUCUAACAACUUUGAGUUGGUGGUCUUUCUGUCAGCUUUGCAAGAGGGAACUGGUGACUCCUGUCAGAAGAGGACCUCCUACUUGCGCCAAGAAAUCCAGUUUGACCGUUGCUUUGUCCCAGCAUUGGGGAUGGAUGCUCGGGGGAGGUACAUGGUGAGCACCCAACACUUUGAUACAGCCCACUCAAAAGAGCCUUUUAACAAGGAUUGUGUUGUGCAGAUCAAUGGAGAUGGCAGCGACAGGACAGAGUAAGGAUGCUGAAGGACAGUGCUAAUAGGGACAGAUGAAAGCAUUCGUGGAGAAUUGUCUCAAACUACUUGAUUUAAAUUGAUAGAUCUGAAUUUAUGUUUAAACAUUAUAUAUUAAAAUGUGUAACAGACAUGGGUGCUACAGUGGACUCCCUCACCUGGAGGCCCUUAUUCUUAACAAAGUUUAAUAAUGACCCCAUGACUUCCUACCCAUCAGUACUAUCAUUUGUGUUGAUUGGACUGCCUGAAUACUGUUACAAAAUUGGUAUUAUUUUUGUCAUUUGAUUCUGUCUGUUAGAAUAACAACAUUCUUACCAUGUGAAAAGCUAAUAACUCAAGAUAUGGUUACACCACUUAAAAUACAUCUAGAGGGGCAAGUAACAGGAAUUGUCUGACCAUCAGACAGGUUGAGGAAAAACAUAUUCUAACAGUUUACAGACCCACAUCCUGUUUCAACUUUGACCUGAUGGUACUGUAUGUGCUUGUUAGAAUAUAACUGCAUUAUGAGCUAUGCCUCAUAUAGUCUUAUUAUAAAUCAUUUAACCAAUGGCCAGGACACAAAAUCCAAGGCAUAAUAAAACACUUCUGUUUAAAUGUUUUCGAAAGGAUUUUGUCUUUUAUUAUUGCUAUUUUUGUGUAAGGUGAAAUUGUGAGGUCAGGAUAUAUUAGAAAAUAUGUGAUUUGGUUGGGAUGGCACAAUCAAUUUCAAAAUCAGCAGCUGUAAUCAACAUUUAAUCAUAAAUAAUCAAUCAAAUUGUUAUGUCUAGCUUAGUUACAGAAAUUCAUAGAAACCGAUGCACAGAGGGUCCCAAAUUAGUAUUAUUGUGUUUAUUUUACCACUUAUUGUUUCAUCUCAUUUGGUUCUUGAUUCAGGCUUCAUGAUCUCCAUCAACCUUCAUCACAGCUUCUGAUUUUUUAAAUAAUCUCUAAAAACCCAGUAUCCACUAUUUAGUACAACAAAGUAAACACAUCUGGUUAGACUGUUUUUGGUAAACCUUGUGUAAUAAUUGAUAUUUGAUUUCCCUCAGAAGGUGGUGGAGACCAAAACAGAGACAAAAGUUAAGGUAUAUUAAGCGGGAUAAAUCAGGUAAACACAUUUUGUUUAUAAGAUGAUAGUAUGUGUCAGGGGAAUCUACCAGCUUCUUCUCCUGUCAAACAUUUUGCCUUAAGGAAAAAAUUAAUAUAAUUUGACUGCCUGUAUGCAUUAGAGUAGGGGUGUCCAAACUAUAGCCCGCGGGCCAUCUGUGGCCUGCCAUCCAUUUUAAAUUUGCCCUAAAAAAAAAAGCCACUUACUUAUAGCACUUUGUAGUUUUGCUCUAUUUUGAAGAAAUUGUACUUUCUUGAUUCUUGUUGUUAGGGGUUUGUACCCUCUGGAACCCUUGAAUGCAUUGAUUGUAAAUCGCUUUGGAUUAAAGCGUCACCUAAAUUAAUUGUAAUGUAAUGGACUAUGGCCCACUGUAUUGUACUUCUCAGAUAAGACACUAGGUGGCGCCCAAUUCAGCCCUGACCUGCCAGCUGGGUCUCAGAACGCCGCCACACCCCCGCCCUGAGCGACGCAAUUGAGGCGCACUGUCAACGGUCUGCUCCAGGGCAGGGCGUGGCGGGGAGAGUGGCCCAGACCUUUGAAAUUUUUUUCUGUAUGUGGCCCUCGGGAUAAAAAGUUUGGACACCCCUGUAUGAGAGUAACACUGAGAUUUCCUGAUAAGGGAGGUUCUGAUACCAAUAACAUUUCAUCCUGGAAAAUCCCACAAGUAAAACAGUAACCUAUUUGAAGGAAGUAAUUAUUGUGUAUUCAUUGAUUUAUUUAUGUGCGUUCUUUUUUCAGUUAUGCCUAUCAAACGAGAUAAUAAAAAAAUUCUAUGGCAUUCAUUAUCUGUAUGUAUUGUUUUUCUAAGGGUUAAACCUGAGCUCGGCCGUACAGCAACAAUAGUGUUUAUUUGCACUGACCAAGUUGAGGUAGGGUUGUAGGAGGAGAUCAUAA